AUGGACAACUGUACGGACACAUGUCCCCUUUUGCAAGAGGAUGGGGCGGAACAGAUAAACAUGGCUAGAGACGUACCCGCGUCUCGUAGGCAGUAUGACCCGUACUCCAACACGUGCAACCCCAGUUGGAGAGACCAUUCCAGUUUCAGCUAUGAGAAUAGGGCACAGAAUUCUUUUUCAAAUCGUCCAUCAGGAUUUCAGCAACCAUGGCAACCAAAGUCUCAACUCUUGUCCUCCAAUUCAGGAAGCUCUUUGGAGGAUAUUGUUAAGAGUUUGGCCACGACUACUACUCAGCUCCAGCAAGAGACUAGAUCCUUGGUCACAAGCACUACUCAGUUCCAGCAGGACACCAGAGCAGGCAUGAAAGAUAUGAAAACUCGAAUGAGUCAAAUGACAACUGCCAUUAAUUGCCUGAAAUUCCACGUUUAUAGGAAAUUGCCAUCGCAACCCGAGGUAAAUUUCAAGAAUGUAAGUACCAUGACACUGAGGAGUGGCAAAAAAGUGGAGGGACCUAAAGUGGAAAAUCUGAAAAAUAAAAGUGAGGAAGAGAUAGAAAAGGAGAUUGAAGAGGAAGGACGCAUUCGCGAGGAGGACCCUAAGAUAACAUUCACUCCUUCACCCCCUAUUAAAUCUAACUUACCUCCCUUUUCUUACAGGUUGGAAAAGACAAAGAAAACAGAGAAGGAAAAAGAGUUUUUGGAUGUGUUCCUGAAAGUGGAGAUCAACAUCCCCUUGUUGGAUGUAAUCAAACAGAUAUCGAAGUACGCCAAAAUUUUGAAGGAUUUGUGCACCCAUAAAAGAAAGCUAAGGGUGACGAAAAAGUGGCAGUGA